CCGGGCAGCGCGAGCCAGGCAGGAGCGGGGAGCAGCCCGGCUGCUGCUGCUGCUGCUGCCUGGAUGCCAGAGGCUCCCCGGGAGCCGGCGGCCAGAGACACCCCGGAAGAGCCGGAGGAGAAGGACGAGGCCCCCGGGCUGUGAGCGGAGCGGAGGAAGCAGGCACCGCUGGCCAUGGCCUCCAACUUUAACGAUAUCGUCAAGCAGGGCUAUGUGAAAAUCCGCAGCAGGAAGCUGGGGAUUUUCAGGAGAUGCUGGCUGGUUUUCAAGAAGGCUUCUAGUAAAGGACCUAGAAGGCUAGAAAAAUUUCCAGAUGAAAAAGCGGCGUAUUUCAGAAAUUUUCAUAAGGUAACUGAGCUUCACAACAUCAAAAACAUAACCAGACUGCCUAGAGAGACAAAGAAGCAUGCAGUGGCAAUUAUUUUUCAUGAUGAGACAUCAAAGACAUUUGCCUGUGAGUCAGAACUGGAAGCAGAGGAGUGGUGCAAACAUCUUUGCAUAGAGUGUCUAGGAACCAGGCUCAAUGAUAUAAGCCUUGGGGAGCCAGAUUUGCUUGCUGCUGGAGUCCAGAGAGAACAAAAUGAGCGAUUCAACGUAUACCUUAUGCCUACACCAAAUUUAGAUAUCUAUGGGGAAUGUACAAUGCAGAUCACACAUGAAAACAUCUAUCUCUGGGAUAUCCAUAAUGCCAAGGUCAAGCUGGUCAUGUGGCCUCUGAGUUCUUUGCGGAGAUAUGGGCGUGACUCAACAUGGUUCACAUUUGAGUCUGGAAGGAUGUGUGACACAGGUGAAGGACUGUUCACCUUUCAGACAAGGGAAGGAGAGAUGAUCUAUCAGAAAGUCCAUUCUGCAACACUGGCGAUAGCUGAGCAACAUGAAAGACUAAUGAUGGAGAUGGAGCAAAAGGCACGGCUGGAAACCAGUCUGAGUGAACCAAUGACAUUAUCCAAGUCAAUCUCACUUCCCCGCAGCGCAUACUGGCAUCACAUCACUCGACAGAACAGCGUUGGAGAAAUCUACAGUUUACAAGGUCACAGUCUCAGUUCAGCAAAGGUGUCUCGUGCACAGACGUUUCCCAGCUACACCUCAGAGCCGGGCGAGGAGCACCAGCAGUCCCUGUCGCUGUCUAGCAGCUAUGGAUUCAGCUACAGUUCAGCCGUCAUCUAAUGAUACACACACAACAGAUGACCAGAGAUACAAUGGAGCCUGGAACCUGCCUCUAGGGCCAGGAAGCCACUUGCACCUUC